AUGGAACCGGAAAAGAUAAAGGAGUUCGACUCGAAUCAGGUCUCAUCGGCACCGCCUGUCGAGCCAGUGAAAGCGUCGAAAUUAUUCAAGUCGCUGUCUUUCCUCGAUCGAUGGUUGGCACUUUUCAUCCUGGUGGCCAUGAUUCUGGGCGUCAUCAUUGGGGUAUAUGCGGAGAAUGGCGUACAUGUAGCGUUCGGAGGUGCUCAGUGGAACGGUGUAUCGAUACCGGUCAUGAUAGGCCUCCUACUUAUGAUGUGGCCGGUAUUAACAAAGAUCAAAUAUGAAUGCCUCGGUCGGGUGCUCUCGUCGAAAAGAAUCUGGUUGCACAUGGCUAUCUCGUUUGUUUUAAACUGGAUAGUCGCGCCCUUCAUCAUGCUUGGCCUCGCUUGGGCUACUUUACCGGAGGCGUCCCUAGAACGUGAGCGAAAAGGUGUUUUGCUCAUCGGCGUCGGUGAGUUUCGCGCCAUGGUUUUGAUAUGGUCGGGUCUUGCGCAAGGCGACAUGGAAUACUGUGCAAUUUUGGUGGGCAUGAACUCGCUAUUGCAGAUCGUACUUUUUGCUCCGUACGCCCUCCUGUUCUUAAACAUCCUGGGAUCAAAUUUAGGUUCGGACGGACCUCUUCUUCAUCUCCACUACUCAGAGGUAUCCACCAGCGUUGGCAUAUAUCUUGGAAUACCGCUCGCAGCUGGUCUUGUUACGAGAUUCGUCUCUCGAUCGUUGUUAUCACCUCGCUCCUUUGAGAGGUUCCUGAGAAUAAUCGGCCCGAUAGCUUUGCUGGGCCUGCUUUACACAAUUAUCGUCUUGUUUGCAUAUCAAGGAAAGCGAAUCAUCGACAACAUUGGUUCCGUGUUUCGCAUCUUUGUUCCUCUUAUUCUGUACUUCGUCAUCGUCUGGUUCUUGACCUUCUUCACGCUGUACUAUCUAAGUACGAGGAAGAAGUCCCGAGGUAUCAUAGGAGGUUAUGAUAUGGCCGUCGUUCAAGCAUUCACAGCGGGAUCAAAUAACUUCGAACUUGCGAUUGCUGUUGCCGUAGCUAACUUCGGGACUGACUCUCCCGAAGCGCUCGCAGCCACCAUAGGUCCUCUAGUGGAGGUACCCGUGCUCCUUGGGCUCACAUACUUCGCCCUGUGGAUAAAAAGGAGAACAAGAUGGGAAGAAGAAUGUUCAAACCAAGGAGAUUGA